AUGGUGAAGGCGGCUGUGGUGGUCUCCAUCCUCCUCCUCCUCCUCGCUGCGCUGUGCUGCCAGAGCCUGGCUCAGAGAGCCCCAGCCUUGCCAGACAAAUGCUGCUUCAACUUCCAGAAGAGAAGGAUCAAGAGAGACAAUGUCAUCGCCUGCUACCCCACCAGCCCCGAGUGCCCGCACCAGGCUGUGAUUUUCAGGGUGAAGAGCGGGAAGGAGAUCUGCGCCCAGGUGAGCAGGGCCUGGGUGAAGAGGUACCAGCAGAGCUUCCAAGUCAGCUCCUUCUCCAUCCCAAGCUAG